AUGUCUAAUGAACUUUUCAAUUUUAUUCAGCAGAUAUCGAAGGACGACUUCCUGCCGAAGAAGAUCUGCGAGCGUUGCGUGACGAGGUUGGAACAACUGUACGAAUGGCGGCAGAACUGCCUUAGUACCGACUCCGUUCUCCGGAACUAUGCCGAGUCCAUGAAGAUUGUCACGUCUACUAUUAACUUUCAAGUAAGUGUAACAAAACCGUCUAUCAGUACUACAUCACCAGGCUUAAAACUAGUAGCACUCUCUACUGCUCCGUCCUGUCUGAGACUUAAUCUUUGA